AUGCAAGGAAAAAUAUUUGCGAUCACCGGUGGAGCCAGUGGGAUUGGGCUGGCCCUUGCGAAACACCUCUUAUCUCGCGGUGCAAAAGUAUCCAUCGCCGAUGUUUCCAAGGAAAACCUUUCUGAGGCCUCCAAGCUGCUACAGCCACAUGAAAAUGUGCUGGUCAUGCAAUGCGACAUCAAGGAUCUUUCCUCGAUCCAGGCCUGGCUGAGAAAGACCGUCGAUACUUUUGGGGGCUUGGAUGGAGCAGUAAAUAACGCUGGAACACUUGGUCGUUGCUCUGCGUAUGACAGCCGAGUCAUUAACCUUGACGAGGAUGAUUGGAACAACAUCAUUGCUGUCAACCUCACAGGCACAAUGCGAUGCAUGAAAGAGGAAUUGAAGCUGCUUAAAAAUGGUGGCAGUAUCGUCAACGUGGCAUCCUAUUCCGGUAUCAUAGGCGUGCCCAAAUUUGGUGCCUACAGCGCCGCAAAGCAUGGAAUGAUCGGCCUGACGAAGAGCGCCGCCAAAGAGAUGGGGGAGCAUAAUAUCAGGUGCAAUGUGGUCGUGCCAGGAAACAUAUCGACACCUAUGUUCGAUGGAGUCAUGAACUUGGGUAACGACGAAAUCCGCCAAGUUGCUGCUUCGACUCCCCUUCCCAGACUGGGAGAUCCUCGAGAGGUUGCCACCGUCAUCGCUUUCUUGUUGAGCCAAGAGGCAUCUUUUGUUACGGGCGCCGUCUACACGGCCGAUGGAGGGUUGGUUGCUUAA